UUGAGUCUUCACAAUAACAGAUCCUGUUGUCUGCAUCGCAUGUKUCUUCGGUUUGGAUAAAUCUUAAUCAAAAUGGGAAAAAUUACACUGGAAAUGCUUGCUAAAUGUCCGAGUCAUACUAAGAAGAAAAAAGAUGAAAAUUUGCAGCAUUAUUUGAAGAGAUUAACACACUUAUACUUUGCCGAGAAAGGCGUUGAUGAAAUAGAUAAUUUAUCACCAUGUAAGAAUCUGUCAGUUCUGUAUCUAUAUGACAACCAAAUUGCAAGAAUUCAAAACCUUGGUUUUGCUACAAAUUUGACUCACCUAUACCUACAAAACAACAAACUUGCAAGAAUAGAAGGCUUGGAUCACUGCAAAAGAUUAUCAAAACUAUACCUAGGUAACAAUGCCAUUACAGUAAUUGAAGGACUUGAAAAACUUGAAAAYUUAAGAGAACUUCAUAUGGAAAAACAAAGGCUUCCUCCAGGUGAAAAACUACUGUUUGAACCUAGAUCACUGGAAUGUUUAUCAAGAUCUCUAAAUGUGCUUAACAUAUCAGAAAAUAAUAUUGAUUCAAUUGAUGAGCUGAAAUCACUCACAAGAAUGACACAGUUCUUUGUUGAAAAUAACUAUCUGUGUGACAUGAAGGAGAUGUCUAGAGUUCUUGCUUGCUGGCCAUCAUUACUGAGACUAGAGACGUCUGGGAAUCCAUUUUGUACAAAGAAGAAGUUCAGAGAUAGAAUUAUAGUAAUGUCAAAUUCUUUGGUCAUGCUUGAUGGGAAAGAAAUCAAUGAUACUGCCAAAAGAUUUCUUAUUAACUGGAAAGCCACAAAAGAUGCUAGACGGAAGCAGAAGAAACAGUUGCAAUUUGAACAUCCAUCAUCUAAUUCCUUGUCAACUGUCCCCACUCUUCCGGCUUUGAARGGCUCUUCUCAUUCAACCUUCCCUGGUAGUGGAUAUUUGACUGACGGCGUCAAUUCCAUGGUCAGAUUGUCAGCUGCAGUGGAACCGAGUCCAACUGGCUAUUUUGGAAAUCCAAAAACUAUGACAGCUUUAGUGCAGGCAAGGGCWCCACAUUCGACCCUCUUGAGGCAAAGAGUACACCAUUCCAAUAUAUCUCAAUCAAG